AUGAUUGAUGUAUUCCUGCUGAAGUGGAUGCCAUGGCAGGCUUUAUUUUUUUCACCUUUAGAGAAUGUAAUCAAACGUGAUAAUUUGUAAGUUUGUAGCUAAUCUGUUGAGUGCAGUGAGUUAUCUUGGUGUGGGGGCCCCGGGGGACACCCGUAGUGGGCAAUACACGCCGUAAGGGCGCCUCAGGUGCUACGCCAAGUGAUAGGGGGUUGGAUGACUCCCCCGCCGUUUCGUGAGAAUACUCAAAUAACUGUGAUUAUGGAGAAGGUUAAUGGAUCCAAUCGUGGUGCCCGGAAGACCUUUCUGGGGAUUAUCCCGCGAAAAUCAACGAGAGUUGAGCCCCAGAUGGAGGAGGAUGAGCAAGAGGUGUUGCGCGAGAAUGGCGGAGAAGAUGUCCUGCGACGCAGUGCAGCUGCAAAGUCACCAAAAAUCAAUACAAAUCGAUUCAGUGAUCAUUUAUCUGGAAAAAUUUGCUGCAAUGCAGACAUGCGUUCUUUGACACCACCAGGAACAUUGAAAAGGGACUCCAAGAGUACCCCUAAUAGCCCAACAAUAGGAAUGGGGUCGGAGGAUGUAAUACGAAGGAGUACAAAGGCCCUCGAAGGAAGUUGCUCACUUGAUGAGGGAUCUUCCUCGUCGAGGCAGUUUGUUCAGAGUCUUACACCGCCGGAGCGUACAGGAUCAAUUGCAGUUUCGGCUUGCAGGUCACGGUUGAGGAAGAAACUCUUCCCGCCGGGUAUGAAUUUAGAUGAGAUGAAUCUCUCAGCUCCCAAUAUUCCUAGCAAGGAAGCAGGAGAGCAUCGGAAUAGUCGUUCGUACAGCUACGAUACCCUCGUUGCUGGUGGGAGUAUGCAGGUUGUCCAGCAACGCCCCACGAGUGCAGAUUCCUUAGCACGGAAUACCCUCAUGGCGGCUCAGGUGUUAAAUCUCAUUCCCACAGAGAAGGCAAGAGAACGGAACUACCUUCAGGGUAAGUUAGCGUUCAACUCUCUCCUCGGAGGGCAGGAGUUAGAAAAAGUACUCCCCAGUCGUGAGGUGAAGAUCUUCGUGGGAACGUGGAAUAUGAAUGGGCAGAGUCCCCCUGGGCAGAUGAAUGAUUUUGUCCUUCCGGUUGGGAUGAAUCACGUACCGGAUAUCGUGUCUAUUGGCACGCAGGAAUCGUGGCCAGAGAAAUUUGAAUGGGAAGUCUCACUGCAGGAAACACUCGGACCUUCCCAUAUUCUUCUUCAUUCAGCCUCCCUAGGUACAUUGCAUCUCGCUGUCUUUAUUCGUCGUGACCUCAUCUGGUUCUGCUCUCUGCCCGAAGAUGACAGUCUCAGUGUCCGUCCGGGUACGGCGUUUCGCACCAAGGGCGCUGUUGCCAUUUCCUUCUGCCUUUUUGGUACUUCCAUGCUCUUUGUCACAUCCCACCUCACUGCCCAUCAGGCGAAGGUUAAGGAACGCGUCCAGGAUAUCCGACGUAUCAUUCAAGCUUUGGAUCUACCACGAAACUACGUUAUCCGGCACAAGAGCAAGGAUGUCACCCAUAAUUUUGACAGCGUCUUCUGGUGCGGUGAUCUCAAUUUCCGUCUUGCUGAGCCCCGUGAGAAGCUUCUGGAGUGGAUUGAGAAUACACAAUUUCCGCUUCCAGAUCACCUGCCACAUGGUUACCUACACACGGAUCAAUUGACCACAGUCCUAUCCGACGGAGCAGCUUUCAAAGGGUUCAAGGAGGCAAAAAUCACCUUCCCACCAACGUACAAAUACGACCCUGGGACGCAGCAAUUUGAUACAUCUAGCAAGCAGCGAGCUCCAGCUUACACAGAUAGAAUACUCUACAAAUAUCGCUCAGCUCCACUGGGAUUGCGCCGUGGGAGCUCCCUCAACCCUCUACAGACCCCCGUGGAAUGUCUGGCCUAUGACUCAGUGCCAAGUAUUGUUUCAUCGGACCACAAGCCCGUCUGGGCACUCUUCCGCAAUAUUAUUCGCCCAGGACUGGAUUCAAUGCCCCUAGCUGCGGGUUUGUUCAACCGCGACGUAUACAUUGAAGGUAUGAAGAGGCGACUCAACAGCAAAAAUUCAAGCUCAUCCGUUGUUUGCAGUAUUCAGUGAUCACACUCAUAAACCAAAGAUUCCUCUCCUAAUUUAUUGAAACAAGUGAGUUUUAGGGUAGUUAUAAGUACCUUCCCCCAUAAGACCUCUAGUGCUAUGGAUCUGCCUAACUAAGGGGUAUCACACCUAACGAAAGCUUCUAUUAGUAUGUCUUGCUUGGACUUGCAGGUUGCUUUAAAAGUAUUUGAAAACCACAUCUUUAAUUGAAAGAAAAGAGUCGAUUCUAGACUUUACUAACUGAAAACGAUUUUGUUGAAGGACCGAUGGGAUGUUUUCGUCCCAUUGUUCGAUUUUAAAAAUGUUUAAUGUCGCAUAGUUAUUUUAUGAAUAUUGGAUCACAAUCAGUACCGGACCAUGUCUUCAUGCUUCAUGCUUCAGGGAUAGUCACGUUAUUUUGGAAAUCGGGCGAACAAAAUCGAUCAAAAAACUGUUUCUUUCAGUGUUAAAUCUUAAUACCGAGUAUCAGCAAUCGUGGCGCUAGUUGUCAAAAAUGUAAACAAAGUAACGUGUCACGUGGUACGGUGACGUCAUUGAGUACACAGUUAAAUGGGAUUUUAGCUCGAUAGAGUUCCCAAAAUAACAUUUCAGAUCGCAAAAUGACAUCCUCAAGAAUUCAUAGGAUGAGGAAAAACUAAAAUCUGAAAAUUUUAAAGUCGAAGUCUAAAAUCUUUUAUUUGAGCUCAAAGGAACACCAAAACAGUUUUUAAUAUAUUUAGUCAGCUGAAUUCUUUACAUUACUUAAAGGGUUAAACGGUAUUUGACCGAUUUUGUUAAACUUUAAAACUAUUUGCUGAUUGAAUCAGUAUUAAAAAAAAUGUAUUAGGAUGUCCCUAAAGAUUCCCAUCCUAUAAAAUUUGUUUCAAAAUAUUAGAUUUUUAACAAUAAUAUUUUUUGUCAAAAAGGAUCAAAGUGUUUUAGUUGGAGCUAUAGAAGAACUGCAAUGAAAAGAAACAAAAAAUUCAUAAGGUGCUUCAAAGUAACACCUCUAACAAUUUUUAAUCAAAAUUAUAGGUAUAUUAUAUUAAUCCUUAUUGUAGUUACAGGGUUAAAUGAAUUGAAUAUUGAGGCGUUAAAUAGUAUACCUAACUAAUUGAUGCUUUCUCUAGAUUCUAGAUGUACUCUAGGUGUGAUACCCCUUUCUAUAUAUACACUAAUCGGAUGUAUUCAUAUAAAUUGAUCUCUAUAUUUUUCGAAUCAAAAUUAAGAUAAUGGCGACAUAGUGUCUUAUUUUGGAACCAAAGCUGAUGCAAAUACUCUAGUCACACAACCCUUUGUACUUCUUAAGACUAUAUAUUAUAUAUUUAUGACAGACAGUUGACUCAAUAUUUAAAUGUUCGUAUAAAGGAGAAAAGGGGAUGCUAAUAAAACCAUCAAGUCGGGUUUUA